AGUGAUUUGGUUCGUCUCCGAUUGGGUUUCAGUUCGAACGAGGAGGCCCUAAUCCGCCGAGCGUACUAUCAGAUGUCGAUGAAAUAUCACCCGGACAAGAAUCCGGAAGGACGAGAGAAAUUUCUCGCGGCCACUGCCGCCUACCAGUUCUUAUGCAAUCGGAGCAAAUUGGGCAGCGGGCCCAAUCGUCUGCACAUUCAACUCAUGCUCCGAGCGCAAAGCAUUGUCUACAAUCGGUAUCGAUCUGUUUUGGCUCCUCAGAAAUACGCUGGCUAUCCGAUGCUAAUAGCCACAAUCCGACGUGAGACGGAAGACGAAGAGCUGUUUUCCCGUGUGGCAAACAGUGAGGAUUUCUCCGUUCCACGAACGAAAAAUGCCGAUAGCAAUGGAACAUCUACCGGGGACGAGAAGGCUGGCAAAGAGAACGCCUCUAAUGCUGUCCUACUGGUCGCGGCCACCGAACUAGCCUUCGAGACGGUGGCAACCAGUGCACUGAAUGCCGAAGAACUACGCCGUGAGGGGGGGAUUCAAUCGUUGCAAUGUAUUGUGCCAUGUUGUUUCCCAUCCCAGUCCAUUCUGUGCCCACUGUGGGAACUACCGCGCAACAUCUUCCGUUUCUGGUUUAUGGGCUAG